AUCUUGAGAUACAUAAACAUUUUUAUAUUAUAUAUACCCUUGAGAAAAUUUUGUUACACACAAAUAUUACGAGUGGUUUUGAACCAAAGGUAAACGCAGAAAAUAUAUGCAACAAACUUAGCCCAUAAUUAAUUACCAUAUCUGCUCCAAGAAACAAAAUAAAUAAAUAAAUAAACAACAGCAAUAACAACAAAACUUGCUAAAAUUAUUUGCAGGGGGUUCCAAAACAAUAAUCCUUUCCACUCCGAGUGCAUCAUUCUCUCGUCGUUCGUGGGCAUAGGACCGAAGCGUCGAUGGAAGGUAUAUCUCAGUCUAUUUCAAAGUUAUUAAGGCCGUCCGGGAAGGGAAGGUCAGACGAAAAAAAACAAAAUUACUCUUCAGAUCUUCCUGAGGGAUUAUGUCGUCGAUUUUCAGUCGGUGAGAUCAAGAAAGCUACCAAUGACUUCGCUGACGAUUUAGUAAUUGGUGAGGGGGGUUUUGGCAAAGUCUAUAAGGGAUUUAUUGAUGACCGAGGCAUAAGCGUUGCAAUAAAGCGUUUUAAAACCAGCUCAAGACAGGGUGUUGUCGAGUUAACGAACGAGGUGGUGUUGCUUUGCCAGAUACGCCACCCUAACCUCAUCCCUCUCAUCGGAUAUUGUAUUGAUAAAGGCGCACGGUGCCUUGUCUACGAAUUCAUGGUCAAUGGAAACCUGCGCCAACACAUCUUCAUCUGCGGCACUGACCACGAUCCCCUCCCGUGGAAACAAAGACUAGCGAUUUGCAUCGGAGUCGCGCGUGGACUGCACUAUCUACAGACUGGGCUAAAGCAUACUAUUAUCCACCGUGACGUGAAUAUGAACAACAUUCUGUUGGACGAGAAAUUGGAAGCCAAGUUGGGAGAUUUCGGGUUUUCCAAAAUGGGUCCCCCGAGUUUGUCAAAGGCUUUAAUUAGGAUCGAAUCUAGAAUUGUGGGUACUAUUGGUUACAUGGCUCCUGAGUAUGCCCUGUUUGGAGACCUGACUGAUAAAUCCGACGUCUUCUCUUUUGGUUUGGUACUGUUUGAACUACUCUGUGGCAGAUCAACAUUUGAUCGGAAUUUAGAAAAGGGACGGCGUGAUCUGUUUAGCUGGGCCAGCAAAUGUAAACAAGAAGGGACCAUCAGUGAGAUAAUUGAUCCGUAUCUGAUGGGGAAGAUAGCUCCAUUGUGUUUCAAGAUUUACUUCGGCAUUGCGAGUUCUUGCGUGCGAAUGGAGGGAAAGGAUCGUCCAGCAAUGGGUGAAGUGGAGGUAGGACUUGAACGUGCACUGCAGUUGCAAGAGAACGCAGAUGCUGCAAGGGAGGAAGGUGAAUAUGACUAUCCCAUUGAUGAAUUGACCUGUAGUGAUUCACCAAUAUUUGAGAAUUCUUUUUCGGAUUCAGAUAACACCGAAUUUUCCUACAAUGAUUAAUCACAAACAGCUAAUUAAAUAUUAAAUAUAAUUGGAAAAGAGCCAAUUUUGAUGUGUUUCAGAAUCACCGGAGAUGAUAAAUACCGGUGCUGAAUCCUUGUAAUUUGGUUGAGUUCAAUGUCUUUAGAGCUUGUUUGCUGCUUGUAAACGAAUUUAUUUUACCUAUCCGUAUUGAGUUUCAUGUA